GAAGCACUUUCUGUUUAUUGAUCAGAGGACGGAGACAGAACUGGUCCUGUUCUAAACCUACCGCGACCCGAAGAAGAAGAAAGUGAAGUAAAAAUGAAGCUGCUACUGUGUCUCGCAGCUCUGGUUGCUGUUUUCUGCGCAGUGAGCUGCAAAAUGUCUCCACCCAAGGUUCUGAUCUACAGCCGUAACCCUGGAGAGUACGGGCAGGAGAACACUCUGAUCUGCCAUGUGAGCAACUUCCACCCCCCUGACAUCACCAUCGAGCUCCUGUGUGAUGACAAGCCGCUCCCCAACCCCGUGCAGACCGACCUGGCCUUCAAACAGGACUGGCACUUCCACCUGACCAAAAGUGCUACCUUCACUCCAGAAUCUGGCAAAACAUGCAUCUGCAAAGUCAAUCAUGCGGGAACAUCCAAGCCAUACACUUGGGAGCCCAACAUGUAACUACUGAAACCCAGACAGAAUGUCCUCUGCUGCAGAAUCAUCUGUUCACCAUCCCAUCAAUCAGCAGCAUCAGUUUUCUUCAGUUUGCCUCGCCUCUUGACUGUCUAUUGAAUAUAGUUGGGUAGAAAGGUGGUGGGUCAUUUUCAGUCUUGUUUUUGUUAAUACAAACAAGUCUGCAGCUUAUACAACAUGUCGUGAUUUAAGUAUGCUGUGUUUGAUUUCUGUUUUUCAUCCUGUAAAUGAUUGUACCCAUGUUAAAUAUGUAAACUCUGUAAGUGAAACUUUUUAUUUCAUAAUUGGCCAAAUUGUCUGGGAGGUUUUUCUGUUUUUCUUACUGAUUUAUGGCUUGAAGUGAUUGUCAAAAUCCUGUACUAAAUAAAAGCCUCUCAGUAAGA